UCCGGGGAGCCCCGCGCCGCGCCCCCUCCCCCCGACGCGCGGCCGGAGCGGGGGCCGGAGGCGGCGAUGGUGACUGGGCGGCGGCGCGGGGCCGGGCCCGGGGCCCGGAGGCUCGGCGGCUCCUUUCUUUCUCCGCCCCCGGCCCGCUGCCUCCGCCCUCCCUGCUAGCCCCGCCGGCGCUCGCGCUCGGGCCGCCUCCUCCUCCUCCUCCUCCUGCUUCUCGUCCUAGUCUUCGCCGACCGGGGCACCCGCGCCCCCUCCUGCCGCCUCUCCUCCUCCUCCUCCUCCCUGCACUGCGCGCGGCGGCUGCGGGAGGCGUCCCGGGGAGCCCCGGGCUGCGCCGACGCCGCCGAGUCCGAGCCGGGCCGGGUAAGCUGGGAAGCAGAGUCAGGUGCACACAGCUGGCCUGUGUUUCGCCUUGCAUUACGAAGUGAUUCUUCAUACAGCUGCGCCCUGGCUCCUGUAGACAACCCUGCUCACCCUCUGCAAACUGCCCCUAACCAGAAAGAAAGAAAACAUCUAGGGAGAGAUGCUCAUAAGGAGAGAGUAUAGCAGGUUGCAGUUUUCUGAAGGUGUUCAUUGAGAAGUCCCAGCAUCCCUGAAGAUAAUAUAGGUGAGACGCCGCCGCAGCCCGGCCAAAGGAGCAUGACAGCCCUGGACGGCGGCGGACACAACUGCAGACGGCGCUGCCAGCGGCUGGCUGGGGCGAGGAGCGCCCGGCUGGGAGAGUGAACACCCGGGCCGACCCGGCUGCCACUUCCUCCAGCACCUCUUUCUCUGGGCUGUUAACUCCGCGGACGCCUGGCUCUUUCUCCGCCUCGAACAUCAAUAUGUGUCAUGUCAUUGUCACCUGUCGCUCGAUGCUCUGGACCCUCUUGAGCAUUGUGGUGGCUUUUGCCGAACUCAUUGCCUUCAUGAGCGCAGACUGGCUCAUCGGGAAAGCCAAGACGCGCAGCCACGCAGAGCCGGACGAACCCAACGUGGGCCCCUCGGAGCCCCACCACCCCACCUUGGGCAUCUAUGCCCGCUGCAUCCGGAACCCCGGGAUGCAGCACUUCCAGCGGGAGACGCUGUGCGGGCCCUACGCUGAGAGCUUCGGCGAGAUUGCCAGCGGCUUCUGGCAGGCCACGGCGAUUUUCCUGGCUGUGGGCAUCUUCAUUCUCUGCACCGUGGCCUUGGUGUCCGUCUUCACCAUGUGUGUCCAAAGCAUCAUGAAGAAAAGCAUUUUCAAUGUCUGCGGGCUAUUGCAAGGAAUCGCAGGCCUGUUCCUCAUCCUCGGCCUCAUCCUCUACCCCGCUGGCUGGGGCUGCCAGAAGGCCGUGAGCUACUGCGGACACUAUGCUUCAGCCUACAAGCCUGGAGACUGCUCCCUGGGCUGGGCCUUUUACACCGCCAUCGGGGGCACAGUCCUCACCUUCAUCUGUGCUGUCUUCUCUGCCCAAGCAGAAAUUGCCACCUCGAGUGACAAAGUCCAGGAAGAGAUCGAAGAGGGGAAAAACCUGAUCUGCCUCCUUUAGUUUGGAAGAAAUGGCUGCACCUCUUACUUCCUCGUGUAACCUUGUGAAUCAGUCCAUCCCUGGUUUCUUCGUUUGUGUCAAGUGGAAAAUUAGCCUUGUUCCUACCAAAGCCACAGGACACAGCCCUGAGCCUUAACAGGACCAUUGAGAGGCCACACGUCCAGCAGGGCCGCAGUGCAAAGGAUGGAAGCUGGAAGAGGACAGUAAACUCUGCCACACGCCCAGUGCCAGCUCCGAUGGAGGAGGAGGAUUCCAGCAGCGAGAACAGCAGCUUUUCUGCACACAGGCCCUGUGAGCCAGGCCAGCAGGAUGGACUUUUGCUACACGCUCACAUGCUUGCAAGUCUCGAUCUCUCCCGCCUCCUGCUUCACUGACUGAAGGGGUCAGCAUGGAUACUGGGGGCAGACUUCAUGGCUGGACCCAUUGGAUCAGUCCCUCAAGGUGUAUCAACCGAUGGUCAUCCCAGAAUUGUGAAAUUGGAGUCAAGAAAGACCUGUUGGAUGAGCGUCCAAGUACAGAACCCUGCUGGGGAAAGGAAAGUCCUUCAACCUAGCCCCGGGGGUGCUUUGCUUCUUCCAGACAAGGCUCUAGGCCAGGUGUGACUCACUCAGAUGGUCACUGGAAGGAUCUUUCCCAUUGUUUGAUUACAGGAGUCAGCUGUAUCCCCCACCCCUUCAGAAACAGAAUGGUAUUCUUUGCAGGAAAAACAAGUGAGUCGUGGGCCUUGCAAUUUUCUUGUUACUGCUGCUGAUCCUUGAGAGCAGGCUCAGAUAACAGUGAGUUGCUGCAACAAUAGUUGAGUUGCAUUAAAAGCUUCGUGCUCAUAUGGGAAAAUAGGCUAGACCAAGCCUGCGGCCCUGUUUACAAAAGGAACUGAACACCACUAUUAAAAAUUCAAUAGCUUUUAAUCGUUUCCAUAAAUUACCAAUAUUAUUGAUGUAGCCAUCACCUCAGAUUUACUUUUGAAUGGUCAAAAGUAAAUUUGAUCAUUGACAAGAAAGAAGCCAGUCUGAAAGGCCAGCUCAGUAGGACGGUGGGUAGGGUGUUUGCCUUGCACCUGGCCAACCCAGGGUAGAUCCUCUGCACCCCCGUAGGGCCCUCCUCCCCAAAAGCCAAUCUGAGCUUUCAGAAUUUCAGAUGAUAGAGAAACAAACACUCCUUAGAAACUCUGAGUUCUGAGAGCACUAAAGCUAUGUAGGUUCCCAGCAGUUAUACUCUGCACUUUCUUCCAGUAGGUAUAUGUGUUACAGCCUUGUCCAGCUGAGUCCUCUUAAAGCUGUGUUAGUGUAAAACUGUGUCUAAGAGCAAAGCAACUGCUAGCGAGAGAGAGGCGGAAUGAACUGUAACCGGAUCCAUUCUGGCCUAUUUAUUGGUUUACCAUUCUCCUGCUGGCUCUGCACUCAGGAAUUACUCCUGGCGGUGCUCGGGGGACCAUAUGGGAUGCUGGGAAUCGAACCCUGGUCAGCCGAGUGCAAGGCAAACGCCCUACCCACUGUGCUAUCGCUCCAGCCCCUAGUUUACCAUUCUUGGACCGAAUUCAGAAUAUGCCAUGGUAAAUCCUGUGACUAUUUUUGGGGAAGGGAAAAGGGAUAAGCAGGGUUCCUCCAAGCAUUUGCUAAAGGCCCAGGAAAAACAGGCCUCUAGCGAAAGGCCUCUCUCUGAAAGAACAGGUUCAACAGCCACUGGCUAAGUGCCUGCUCCUGACUGUAUUAAUAUGCUUGAACAAGUAAUUCUCCUGUCAAUCAUUAAAAACAGAAAUAAUCAUAGGAAGAUUUUUUUUUUUU